AUGUGCUUACAAAGGAAAGUGUUCUUAUUCACAUUGACCGUAUGGGUCACGAGUUCCUCCGCUGAUUACUAUCAUCCUGAAAAUGAAUAUCAAAAUAUGGGAAUGGAAAGGACCAACAUUGACCCGGCUGAGCUGACGGCAGAGCAUUGGAUAGAGGAAGCGCAGGCAGCGAUCAGGGCCCGGCUGACACAUCUACGCAAUGACAACGAUAAAAUUGCACGAAAUGUUGUUAUGUUUUUGGGUGAUGGCAUGUCCGUACCGACCAUGGCUGCUGCGCGCACUUUACUUGGACAACGCACCGGCCAUCCUGGCGAGGAGAAGAAACUAGCCUUUGAGAAAUUUCCAUCUGUCGGCUUGUCUAAGGUUAUUUUGGGAGGUGGUAGGCGUGAGUUUAUCCCAACGACUAGUACCGAUGAAGAGGGAACAGCAGGCCGAAGGACAGAUGGACGGAAUCUGAUUGAAGAAUGGCAGUUAGAUAAAAUUUCUCGUAAUGUUACCCACCAAUAUGUAUGGAAUCGUAGCCAGUUGCUAAGUGCAGCUGAAAAUGUUCCAGAAUAUCUUAUGGGUCUUUUUGAAGCUACUCACAUGCAGUAUAAUUCAGAAGCCAAUAAAGAAACUGAACCGACGCUCAGCGAACUGACUGAAAUAGCAAUUCAUUCACUUAGCCGUAAUAAAAAGGGCUUCUUCUUAUUUGUGGAAGGCGGGCGGAUAGACCACGCCCAUCACGCCAAUAGAGUGGAGCUUGCACUCGAUGAAACUAUAGAAUUUAGCAAUGCCGUAGCGCGUGCCACUGAAUUGUUAUCGGCGGAAGAUUCAUUGAUUGUGGUGACGGCCGAUCACGCGCAUGUCAUGACGUUUAAUGGGUAUACUCAACGAGGUAGUGAUAUUCUAGGAAUAUCCAAUGAUCGCGACCAGCAUGGAACACCUUACAUGACCCUUUCCUAUAGUAACGGACCAGGCUUCCGUCCUCAUAUCAAUGGAGUUAGACCAAAUGUCACGGAAGAGUCAAACUUUGGAGCGCUCAGAUGGAGAUCUCAUGUGGACGUGCCAUUAUCCUCGGAGACUCAUGGUGGUGAUGACGUAGCUGUGUUCGCGUACGGGCCCCAUCACGCCAUGUUCACGGGACUGUACGAGCAGAGCCAGCUCCCGCAUCUGAUGGCCUACGCGGCUUGUAUUGGCCCGGGCCUACAAGCGUGUAGUUCAGCACCGCGUAUUAUGCUUAUGCCAUCGCUGCUAUUUUUAAUCGGUUUAUAUAGUAUGUUGCUUCAC